AUGGCUGAGUUUGUCCAACUGAGUGGUGCCCUACUCGCUGGCGGCUACAACUUCCUAUCCAAGGUCGCGCGAGCGCUCAGCGAGAUCCGGAGUCUCCUGACGGAAACCGCGGCCGUCAACAGCCUUCUCGCGCAAUUACAGCAAAUCGCAGAUACGUCGCCCAAAGCAGCUGCCGACGAUGCGCUACAAGCUCUUGAACGGGUUGGUGUCUUUCAAGAAUGCCAGUCCACACUCAAGUCGAUCGAGCGGGCGCUGGCGAAAUGCGAGCAGGUCAAUGGUCAAGAUGCGAAGAAUUUCGGGAGGAAAUUGAUGUGGCCGUUCAAAGAGAAAGAGACCAAAGACGCCUUGCAGAGACUUCAUCACAUGCGCGGGUUACUUGCGAAUGCUAUCGAGGCCAACUCUGCAUCCGCGAUUCGGCGCAUCGAAACGGAACAAGGCCUAAUCUCAGACGAGGUGAAGAAUAUGUCUGAGCAGCUUCGUACGCAGCACUACAUCAAAGAAGAACUUCAAUUGCGCUUGGCCAAAGGUGUUUUGAAGGUGAGAAACAACAGUAUUAUGCCUGUCAUACAACGGCAUAUAUCCCUCUGCGCGGGCACAAUGUUACAGGCACGGUUGCAGAUCGACUACAUCUGUGCAGCGAAGUCGGAUAAGGAAAUCAAGCACAUGUUACAGGGAUUACCGAAUGGGCUUGGAUACACGUACCAAAUACUUCUACACAACAUCGCGACACGAUACCCAACGAAGAUUCAAGAGGUACAGAAACUAUUCCGGUGUCUUGUUGCUGCUGCUUCACCCAUGACUGCUCGCCAGCUAGCAGAGGUCUUGGCCAUAGAACCCGAGGAACAUGAUCUGGACCAUGACGCUGUAGCUACGGAUCCGUUCGAUAUCCUGGAACCUAUAUCUGCUCUUGUACGCAUCGAAGACAUGGACGGACUAAUCAGCGUAGUGAAACUCUGUCAUUACUCAUUCCAAGAGUAUCUCAGCUCUGAUGAGAUCCGACAAAGUCCAGUUAACAAGUUCUACGUCGGCAAGAACGAGGCGCAUGCUUGGAUGGCGGGAUUAUGUCUACGAUACCUAACUUUCGAUGCGUUCAGUAAGCCAUUGGAGGAAAGUCUGGAUCCGGACGUUGAUGAGAUAUACGUGUUUCGCGUAUAUGCUGCAUUCAACUGCCUGGAUUAUACCUUCGAAAACGGUCUGACAUGCCUAGCUGUAGCGGCCAAAAAGAACAACCGUUACAUAGCAAAUUAUUUGCUAGAACAUGGUGCGAACGCUGAGCAGCCAAGUUCCGAACCGGAUUCACAAGAGCUAUGA